GGAAUGAAGAACCAUUCAAGACAGAUAGAAUUCAUCCUCCUGGGAUUGACAGAUAAUUCACAGUUACUUGUGAUUUUCUUAUUUCUACUUCUAAAUUACAUGUUGAGUAUAAUGGGAAACUUGACCAUCACUGUUCUCACUCUGCUGGAUUCCCAUCUCAAGACUCCAAUGUACUUUUUCCUCCGUAAUUUCUCUUUCCUGGAAAUUUCAUUCACAACUACUUGCAUCCCCAAAUUCCUAAUCACCAUUGUAACUAAGGAAAAGACUAUUUCUUAUAAUGAUUGCAUAUCUCAGUUGUUGUUUUUUUUUUUUUACAUAUCCUUGGGGACUACAGAAUUUUUUCUUCUGGCUACCAUGUCCUAUGACCGCUAUGUUGCCAUCUGCAAGCCCUUGCAUUAUACAUCCAUCAUGAACAACAAAGUUUGCCUUCAGCUUGUCCUGGGUUCUUGGGCAACUGGAUUCCUGGUUGUUUUUCCUCCUCUGAUUUUGGGUCUUGACUUGGAUUUUUGUGCUUCAAAUAUCAUUGAUCAUUUCGUUUGUGACAUUUCUCCUAUAUUACAACUUUCUUGCGCAGACACACAUUUACUAGAACUGAUAGCUUUUUUCAUAGCUAUGAUAACACUCAUUGUCACACUAUUAUUAGUGAUUCUUUCCUAUGCUCACAUCAUCAAGAAAAUUCUCAAAUUUCCUUCAGCUCAGCAAAAGAAAAAAGCCUUUUCCACUUGCUCUUCUCACAUUAUUGUUGUCUCUAUCACUUAUUGCAGCUGCAUAUUCAUCUACAUAAAGCCAUCAUCAAAUGAAAGAGUUAUUUUAUGCAAAUGGAUAGCUGUGCUCAACACUUCAGUUGCCCCUAUGUUGAAUCCAUUCAUUUACACUCUAAGGAAUCAGCAAGUGAAGCAAGCCUUCAGAGCAGGAUUUAAAAAGAUACUUACUGCUUUAGAAAAAUAA